GUAGAAGUGCAUGUUUCUGGAUGGUUUGGGUGUGUUUUUCUCUCAGACGCUGAAAUCCGUCCAUCUGCUGGUGUAAUUCGGCCACGGCAGACGGCCAGAGGAUUGAGUUCCUGAUCGCUGCGAUUACAAACACCACAAUACCACUGAAAACCAAGACCAGCGUCAGAUGAAGAGUAACUGAGAGAGUCUGGUGUCGUGUGGACGUCUCUUCAUCAUCAAACACCACUGCACACAAUACAUGUGAUAAGAAGACAAAAGCUGAAACAAAUCCAGCAUUGAGACGUUUUUGUAACUCAAAUACUAGUCUAUAAUCCAUAAUAACGCUUCCUGCAGUGAAAAAGUGCAUCUGCUGUUGUCUCUCACAUCAACAUCCAGCCACAUAUCUGUUUAGAGCUGUUUUAAACGCUGCUUGAUCUGUGCAGAUUUCUCCCCUGAUUCAGAUCUUGUUCUGCUGGUGUGUGUGUGUGUGUGUCAGUGAUGGAGUGAAUCUGUUAUCUGCUCUCACACAGCGUGAGGAUGAGGAUGACAGCCGUGAUGAAGCUCGAACACAUCCAGCUCUUAUCGUCUCAACACAGAGCGUCAGCUGUGUGUGUGUGUGUGUGUGUGUGUGUGAGGAGGACGCAGCGCUCUCGUCUCACUCCUGCUGCUGUCAGGAUCUUGAUUAUUUCGGCUCCUGAUCUGGAGGAGCUCCCGUUCUCUCUGGUGUGUUCUGAUGGAACAUUUCACUCACACUGGAUUUAUAAACGCUGGAGGAGUAAAACCGCAGACGUUUACCAUGUUUACCUGAGAGCAUCUGCUGCUGGACGAGUUUUCUGUAAGUACAGCUUCAGUCUGUGAAGAACAGGCCAGAGCGGGGCAUGUUGUCACACUUUCCCCUCCGCUGAACAAACCUUCAAAUCUGGACUUCAGCGUUAAUUCAAGAUCAUUGGACACACACUGAGCUCUGUAGCGGGGCAUGUUGUCACACUGUGUGGGAGAACACAACUGUGCGGGGAGAUGGACGGAGAGAAGAACGUCACCGUCAGCGCAAACGUCUCCGACGCGCACCUGCUCGCGCACAGCCUGUGGGAGGCGGUCACCAUAGCAACCGUCUCCGCCGUGGUCAGCCUCAUCACCAUCGUGGGCAACGUUCUGGUGAUGCUGUCCUUCAAAGUCAACAGCCAGCUAAAGACGGUCAACAACUAUUACCUGCUGAGCCUGGCCUGCGCUGACCUCAUCAUCGGCGUCUUCUCGAUGAACCUCUACACUUCUUACAUCCUCAUGGGCCGCUGGGCUCUGGGAAGCCUGGCCUGCGAUCUGUGGCUGGCUAUGGAUUAUGUGGCUAGUAACGCAUCCGUCAUGAACCUGCUGGUCAUUAGUUUCGACCGCUACUUCUCCAUCACCCGUCCGCUGACGUAUCGCGCUAAACGAACGCCGAAGCGAGCGGGGAUCAUGAUUGGAUUGGCUUGGCUCGUGUCUCUGGUUCUCUGGGCUCCGCCGAUCCUCUGCUGGCAGUAUUUCGUCGGAAAGCGAACGGUUCCUGAAGGACAGUGUCAGAUUCAGUUCUUCUCCGAACCUGUGAUCACUUUUGGCACGGCGAUAGCCGCCUUUUACAUUCCCGUAUCCGUCAUGACAAUCCUCUACUGUCGGAUUUAUAAGGAAACCGAGCGGCGCACCAAAGACCUGGCCGAGCUUCAAGGAGUCAACUCUUUGAACGAUUCAGACGCACCGAAUCAAAAGAUUCGCUCGUGUUUCACUUCGAAAGAGGAGCAGCUGACCAACUUCAGCUACGCUUCAUCCGAAGAUGAAGAGCGCUCGGCUUCUCCUUGCGUCUUCACAGAGACGAGAAACAAAAAGUGCGUCUCGUACAAAUUCAAAGACGUGAAGAGCGCCAACGGAGAGGAGAAGCCUUCAUCGUUCUCGUCGGCCGAGUCUGUGAACGCACCGUCCUCCUCGUCUUCCUCCAAACCCGUCGAAGGCACGCUGAAGAGCCAGAUCACUAAGAGGAAGAGGAUGGUUCUGAUCAAGGAGAAGAAGGCGGCGCAGACUCUGAGCGCGAUCCUGCUGGCCUUCAUCCUCACGUGGACGCCAUACAACAUCAUGGUGCUGAUCUCCACCUUCUGCUCCGACUGCAUCCCGCUGGCGCUCUGGCAUCUGGGGUACUGGCUGUGUUACGUUAACAGCACCGUUAACCCCAUGUGCUACGCUCUCUGCAACAAGACCUUCCAGAAGACCUUCCGCAUGCUGCUGCUGUGCCGCUGGACGAAGAAGCGGCCCGAGGAGAAGCUGUACUGGUGCGGACCGAACCCUGCGGCCGGAAACAAGCUCGCCUGAGAGACAUCUGACGCCAAACACUACCAUUCAGCGUCUUGUGUUUCUAUAAGAAG